GCUCCUCUUGACACUCCACCUUCAUCCCCUGCCUGUUACCAAACAGGAACACAUGAACAACCUUCAAUUAUUACAGUCCAACUAUACAGAGGUCUCCAAAGAAAGGAGCUCUGAAUGCCUUUGACCUUCACCCCUUUGCCUGCUCCUUGCCCUGGGUGGUUUUUCUCUCCUUACAUUCUGCUGGCCUGUUUUUCCUUCAAGACUCUUAGCCUUCCUAAUUACGUCCCACCUGUUCCUCCAUACUCAAACAGUCUGAAGAGCCCUGGGUCCGGGUUGGGGGGCGGGGUUUGCUGUGGGAAAAUGAGCUGCCUCAGUUUAUUAUUUGGCCACGGGGUGGUGCUGCUCAGAAGAGUCCCUUGGUCUGGUUACAGGCUGAGGCUGACAGCCGGCUACUAAAGAGGGAUCCCCACCAGGAGGCAGACAUUCCUCCACUGCCUCCCCAUGCCAGCUACACCCCAAGGCUGGCCGGGUGAGAGAGCCAAGUCCUAAGAAGGUGGUUUGCUUCAGGUCUCUCCCCGGCGACUGAUAACGUCAAAGCCUACACUUUUUGUGAUUGGCCUAUCCAGGAUGACAAGGGCAGUGGUGGGAAGUGAGCUGGAGAAACAUGAUCUGGGAAGGAAUUUGGGGACCUGGGUCAGCUGGCUGGUAGUUCCUAGCCCCCUGGGGAGGUGUGAAGAUAUGGAUCAUGAGCUGAGCCAGGAAGCUGCGCUGCUCUGGCUGCUCUCCUUUCUGUGGCUGCUGCCCCUGUCCCGGACCGCCCCUGAAGCUCCUGCUCCGGGGUGGAGGGAUGCGCUCCAAAACCACACGUUCCUGCACACGAUGUACUGCCAGGACUGGAGUCCCAACGUGGGGCUCUCUGAGGCCUACGACGAGGACCUGCUGUUCUCCUUCGACUUCUCCCAGAGCAUCCGAGUGCCUCGCUUGCCUGAGUUUGCUGACUGGGCUCACCAGCAUGGAGAUACUUCCGACAUUAUGUUUGACAAAGGGUUCCCCAUCGUUGAGGUGUUCACACUGAAGCCGCUGGAAUUUGGCAAGCCCAACAUGCUGGUCUGUUUCGUCAGCAACCUCUUUCCACCCACACUGACCGUGACCUGGCAGUAUCAGUCGGCACCUGUGGAAGGAGCUGGGCCCACUUUUGUCUCUGCAGUCGAUGGACUCACCUUCCAGGCCUUUUCCUACUUAAACUUCACACCAGCAGCCUCUGAUCUUUUCUCUUGCAUCGUGACUCAUGAGAUCGAUGGCUUCACAGCAAUCGGUUUUUGGGUGCCCCAGAACGCGCUGCCCUCUGAUCUCCUGGAGAAUGUGCUGUGCGGCGUGGCCUUUGGCCUGGGUUUGCUGGGCAUCAUUGUUGGCUUGGCCCUCAUCAUCUACUUCCGAAAGCCGUGCUGAGGGGGCUGACUCUUCCUGACUAGAGUCUGAUGCCAGCAGCUGCAGCCGUCCAAGCAGGAGGUGUUCAGGUUCUCACAUCCUGACCAGGAUCUCUCCUCAGAGCAGGAGGGCCUGGGACUCCUCUGGGGUGUGUGUGUGUGUGUGUGUGUGUGUGUGUGUAUCUGUGCCAGCAUGUGGUUGCACCCAGGUUUCUCAGCUGAGGGCUCUGCAUCCAGGGGAACCCAGAGUGGCCUUCUGAUCACAACCACACCCCUGCCAUGUCAAGGCAAUAAAUCUCAUUUCUUAA